AUGUUAAACGCAUUCCUCAACAUUAAGAUUGAUUAUAAGUCGGACGCGAAGAAAAUGUGCGAACAGUUGGACGCGGAAGUGAUCGAUACAGACAGCGAUAAGGAGCUCGACUUUGUGCCCAAUUCUCUCAUCGGCAUCGACGCAACGUAUCACCGGGUGAAGGGUCUGGUCAUACUCUUCACCCGAUGGGGUCGUGUCGGCGACACCGGACAGUACCAGAAGACCCCCUUCGCCACUGUCGAUGAGGCGGCCGACGAGUUCCGGAAGAUAUUUCGGGCCAAAACCGGUAACCAUUGGCAGACGGGGUUCGCAGCGCAGCCCAAGAAGUACCGGUUGGUUGAGCUCCAGAAGCGCCGUCGACGGCGGGCCCGGGAGUACAAGUUUGACUCCUUGUCUAAGGCUAUCGUCGACAAGAGAGGCGAUGGUCAGGAGGAGUCGGUUGAGGCCAAACUGCCGGCACCGCUCCAGAAGCUGAUGAAGACACUGAUCCGCGUGCAUACCGGCGGCGAUUCGUACCGAUCGCUGGCCACCGGCCGCGAGAGCGCUCACCACAAGCCGUUCGGCGGACUCCUGUCCGACGAGUCGCUGACCAAAGCGGAAGAUGUGUUGACACGGAUGGAGGCGCUGGUCGUCCAGAGGGACGGCAUUAAAGAUCAACAGCACUCGGAUGACUACCUUCGGGUGACCGGCGAACUCGUGGACCUAUCGGAACAGUUCUAUCACUUGAUCCCAGUGUUUGGCUAUCAGUACGAGAAACUCAAACCACUGUUCACUCGCCAGGAGUUACGCGACAAACAAGAGUUGUACGAGAAACUCAAACCACUGUUCACUCGCCAGGAGUUACGCGACAAACAAGAGUUGGUCCACAAUUUGAUACACUUUGAGUUCGCGUCGGAACUACUGUUGGCCGCCCAGUGCCGGCUCCCGGACGUCCACCCCUGUGACUACGUGUACAAAGCCCUCGGCUGUCAUCUGCAGCUCCUGGAGGCGCAGGCGGACGACGACGAGUGUCAACUGAUCCUACAGUACGUCCACAACACGACACAAAGUACGGGCAAAAGAGCUGUGAAAGGCAUCUAUCGGAUCAAUAGGUCGGGUGAGGACAAGCGGCUGACCGGCACCGAUAGGUUGGCCGACAGUAAUCGGUGGCUGCUAUGGCACGGGACCCGAGCCGGGAAUGUGCUGAGCAUUCUGGCCAAAGGGCUACAGAAGGGGCCGUUGGGCUCACAGAUAUCGGGACAUCUUUUUGGCAAAGGUGUAUAUUUGGCCGAUAUGUUCACCAAAAGCCAGGCCUACUGUUACGGCACAAGCGAUAAGUUUAUGCUGUUAUGCGAAGUAUCGUUAGGAGAGGUACAGGAGGUCCGCAUCAGUGACUUAGCCGACGACAAGCCAUUAACGUUGGCUAAUGAUAAACAUAGCUUAAAGACAUCGCACGCCCGGUAUAUACCGGACCCACAGUCCACUGUUUAUUGGAAAGGCCGAGCCGUACCCCUCGGAGAGCCCAUACCCCAAGAGUUUGCCGACAAAGAGUACAACGAUGUUAAUUAUAACGAGUAUAUAGUGUUCAAUAGCGAGCAAAUUUGUUUACGCUAUUUGAUUCACUAUAAGGACUAAUAUCGGGAGUCGAUUGUAUUGUAAAUGCAGGCAAUUGUUUUUAACAGUCCAUAGGGUUUGCCAUUCCGUCCCCUAAUUAUGUGAUUCUUAAUCCAGUGAUCAGUAUUUCCAGACCUCUUUCCCGGGGAUAAGCCUUAAGUGAAAGGAAAUGUUAUUAUUUAUUAUAAUUACACAUUUUGUCCACAAAAUAACUCUUCGAUGAGAUUAUUAUUAUUAUUCUAAUUAAGAAAUUGUCGCACAUUUUUGGCAAAUAUUAUGCAAUUAAUUAAUAUAACAUAUUUUUCACACCAAUUAUUUAUAUAAACUAUUUAGUUAUUAAUAGCUAUAAUUAUAUUUACAAUUACAUCGAGGAUUUUGUUAAACGCGUUAACCCAGGGAUGGGUAGUUUGGUUAUGGGUUAGGAUCAUAAUUAUGUGUUAAAUAUUUAUGUAUAUCCAAUCGAAUUAACAAAUUCUGGUCAUUAUUCAUGAUAUAUACUUAGAUUGCAAUAGAUUUCUAUUAGUAUUCCCGCAAAACCAGUCGUUCCUAUGAAUACCCGGUGAUUAGAAACUAGUAUUAAUAUCUGUGUUAUAGUCGACAACAUUUUUGAUUAAUCAUGCACUUUUAAUCGCAUUAUUUCCCAAAUACAAUAUAUUUAAUUUAAUUGUUAC